CCCCGAAGUGGACAGGCCCUGCAGUCAGUAGUCAGUCAGUCGCUGAAAAUGGCGACGAACGAUUCUAAAGCGCCGAUACGCCAUGUUAAAAGAGUCCAAUUCGGUAUUCUCUCCCCCGAUGAGAUCCGACGUAUGUCGGUCACUGAGGGAGGGAUUAAAUAUGCCGAAACUAUGGAAGGUGGUAGACCAAAGUUGGGUGGUCUCAUGGAUCCAAGGCAAGGUGUCAUUGAUCGAUCUUCCCGAUGCCAAACUUGUGCAGGAAACAUGACAGAAUGUCCUGGUCACUUUGGGCAUAUUGACUUGGCAAAACCAGUCUUUCAUGUAGGGUUUAUUAGCAAAACAAUAAAAAUAUUGAGAUGUGUUUGUUUCUACUGUUCAAAGCUCUUAGUUAGUCCUAACAAUCCCAAAAUUAAAGAAAUAGUAAUGAAAUCUAAAGGUCAGCCAAGAAAACGUUUGACCUUUGUGUAUGACUUGUGUAAAGGCAAACACAUUUGUGAGGGCGGUGAUGAGAUGGAUACGAACAAACAUAAUCCCGAUGAUCCUGGUAAAGAACAGCAAAGAAAACAAGGUCAUGGUGGAUGCGGUCGUUAUCAGCCCAAUUUACGAAGAGUUGGCUUAGAUGUAAGUGCAGAGUGGAAACACAUAAAUGAAGACUCCCAAGAGAAAAAAAUUGCUUUGACAGCUGAGAGAGUUUGUGAAAUCUUAAAGCACAUUACAGAUGAGGAAUGUUUUAUCCUUGGAAUGGAUCCCAAGUUUGCAAGGCCUGAUUGGAUGAUAGUGACAUGUCUACCAGUUCCACCACUGUGUGUUAGGCCAGCUGUUGUCAUGUAUGGAUCAGCUAGAAAUCAGGAUGAUUUAACACACAAACUAUCCGACAUUUUAAAGGCGAACAAUGAGUUACUUCGUAAUGAACAGGCUGGAGCUGCUACACAUGUUCUUGCCGAAAAUAUUAAGAUGCUUCAGUUCCAUGUAGCAACAUUGGUUGACAAUGACAUGCCAGGCUUACCAAGAGCAAUGCAGAAAAGUGGGAAACCACUUAAAGCAAUCAAAGCUAGACUGAAAGGAAAGGAAGGAAGAAUUCGUGGUAAUCUUAUGGGCAAAAGAGUGGAUUUUUCUGCUCGAACCGUCAUUACCCCUGACCCAAACUUAAGAAUAGAUCAAGUUGGUGUUCCUCGAUCAAUUGCUCAAAACCUCACAUUUCCUGAAAUUGUUACACCUUUUAACAUAGACAAAAUGCAAGAACUGGUUAGGAGAGGAAACUCACAGUACCCUGGAGCCAAAUAUAUUGUCAGAGACAAUGGAGAACGUAUUGACUUACGAUUUCAUCCUAAAACAUCAGAUCUCCACUUACAAUGUGGCUACAAAGUAGAACGCCAUAUUAGAGAUGGUGAUUUGGUUAUAUUCAACAGACAGCCUACCUUACACAAAAUGUCAAUGAUGGGCCAUAGAGUCAAAGUUUUGCCAUGGUCAACCUUCCGAAUGAAUCUCAGCUGCACUUCCCCCUACAAUGCUGACUUCGAUGGUGAUGAAAUGAAUUUACAUGUACCCCAGUCCAUGGAGACCCGUGCUGAAGUAGAGAAUAUCCAUGUCACUCCCCGUCAGAUCAUCACUCCCCAGGCAAAUCAGCCUGUCAUGGGUAUUGUACAGGAUACAUUAACAGCUGUCCGUAAAAUGACCAAAAGAGAUGUGUUUCUUGAAAAGGAACAAAUGAUGACCUUGUUGAUGUUUCUGCCCAUUUGGGAUGGUAAAAUGCCACAACCUUGUAUUUUAAAACCUAAGCCCCUCUGGACAGGUAAGCAAUUGUUUUCCCUCAUUAUUCCCGGAAAUGUGAACUUGAUCAGAACACACUCUACUCAUCCUGAUGAAGAGGAUGAUGGUCCAUAUAAAUGGAUUUCACCUGGUGAUACUAAGGUAAUGGUAGAGCAUGGGGAACUUAUAAAGGGUAUUCUUUGCAAGAAGACAUUGGGUACUUCUGCAGGAUCUCUUCUUCACGUCAUUUUCUUGGAAUUGGGACAUGAAGUUUGUGGCCAAUUUUAUGGUAAUAUUCAGACAGUAGUCAAUAAUUGGCUUCUCUUGGAAGGCCACUCCAUUGGUAUUGGUGACACAAUUGCCGAUCGGCAAACAUACUCUGUGAUUCAGAAUGCUAUUAAGAAAGCUAAAGCUGAUGUCAUAGAAGUUAUUCAGAAGGCUCACAAUAUGGAAUUGGAGCCAACACCCGGUAACACACUCAGGCAGACCUUUGAAAAUCAGGUCAAUCGUAUUCUCAAUGAUGCUCGUGAUAAAACUGGUGGAUCAGCGAAGAAGUCUUUGACUGAAUACAACAAUUUGAAAGCUAUGGUGGUAUCAGGUUCAAAAGGAUCCAACAUCAAUAUUUCCCAGGUUAUUGCUUGUGUAGGUCAGCAAAACGUAGAAGGUAAACGAAUUCCGUUUGGGUUCCGUAAGAGAACUUUGCCUCACUUCAUCAAAGACGAUUAUGGUCCUGAAUCAAGGGGAUUCGUAGAAAAUUCCUACCUUGCCGGUUUGACACCAUCAGAGUUCUACUUUCACGCUAUGGGAGGUCGAGAAGGUCUUAUUGAUACUGCUGUCAAAACUGCUGAAACAGGUUAUAUUCAACGUCGUUUGAUCAAAGCUAUGGAGUCUGUCAUGGUGAACUAUGAUGGGACUGUUCGUAAUUCUGUUGGUCAACUUAUUCAAUUGCGUUAUGGAGAGGAUGGCCUUUGUGGUGAAUCUGUAGAGUUCCAAAAUCUAUCAACCAUUAAGUUAUCUAACAAGGCAUUUGAGCGUAAGUUCAAAUUUGAUCCCACUAAUGAGUGUACUCUAAGAAGAAUCUUCAAUGAAGAUGUCAUGAAAGAGUUGAUGGGAUCUGGAGAAGUUGUGUCUGAACUGGAGAAGGAAUGGGAACAAUUGUGUAAGGACCGUGAGUCGCUUCGGCAAAUCUUCCCAAGUGGUACCAACAAAGUUGUACUUCCAUGUAACCUUCAAAGAAUGAUUUGGAAUGUUCAGAAAAUCUUCCACAUUAACAAAAGAGCUCCCACUGAUCUAAGUCCAAUACGAGUAAUUAGGGGUGUUCAAGAGCUUCUUCUGAAGUGUGUAAUUGUGGCAGGUGAAGACAGGCUGAGCAAAAUGGCUAAUGAAAAUGCCACACUAUUGUUCCAGUGCCUGGUCAGAUCAACACUUUGUACAAAGUGUGUGGCAGAAGAGUUUAGGUUAUCUUCGGAAGCCUUUGAAUGGUUAAUUGGUGAAAUUGAAACAAGAUUUCAGCAGGCGCAAUGUUCACCAGGUGAAAUGGUAGGUGCAUUGGCUGCUCAGUCUCUGGGUGAACCUGCCACCCAAAUGACAUUGAACACUUUCCACUUUGCUGGUGUGUCAUCAAAGAACGUAACUCUUGGUGUGCCUAGGCUGAAGGAAAUUAUCAACAUCAGUAAGAAGCCUAAAGCCCCAUCUCUAACCGUUUUUCUCUCUGGUGUCGCAGCAAGGGAUGCUGAGAAAGCCAAAAAUGUCCUUUGUCGAUUGGAACAUACCACCCUUCGAAAGGUCACAGCAAAUACUGCUAUUUAUUACGACCCAGAUCCUCAAAACACGGUAAUUUCUGAAGAUCAAGAAUUUGUGAAUGUGUACUAUGAAAUGCCAGACUUUGACCCCACAAGAAUAUCACCAUGGCUUCUUCGUAUUGAACUUGACCGCAAGCGAAUGACUAAUCAGAAGCUCACUAUGGAACAGAUUGCUGAAAAAAUUAAUGCUGGUUUCGGUGAAGAUUUGAGCUGCAUUUUCAACGAUGAUAACGCUGAAAAGCUUGUACUUCGUAUUUGUAUAAUGAACAGUGAUGAGAGCAAAUUCCAAGAUGAGGAGGAGCAAGUUGAUAAAAUGGAAGAUGACAUGUUCUUACGGUGUAUUGAGGCCAACAUGCUAUCUGAUAUGACACUUCAGGGCAUUGAAGGAAUUGGAAAAGUGUACAUGCAUCUCCCUCAAACAGAUUCCAAAAAGAGAAUUUUUAUAACAGAAACUGGAGAAUUCAAGGCAAUUGCUGAAUGGCUUCUUGAAACUGAUGGUACUAGUCUGAUGAAGGUUUUAAGUGAGAGGGAUGUUGAUCCUGUGAGAACAUUUUCCAACGACAUCUGUGAAAUUUUCCUAGUUCUGGGGAUUGAAGCCGUCAGAAAAUCUGUUGAGAAAGAAAUGAAUGCCGUGCUUUCCUUCUAUGGUCUUUAUGUAAACUACAGACACUUGGCUUUGCUUUGUGAUGUCAUGACAGCCAAAGGUCAUCUUAUGGCUAUUACCCGUCAUGGAAUCAACAGACAAGACACUGGAGCUCUCAUGAGGUGCUCAUUUGAAGAAACUGUUGAUGUGCUAAUGGAUGCUGCUUCUCAUGCUGAAGUAGAUCCUAUGAGAGGAGUGUCCGAAAAUAUUAUCUUGGGCCAGUUACCACGUAUGGGGACAGGGUGUUUUGAUCUUCUCUCGGAUGCGGAAAAAUGCAAGUAUGGUAUUGAAAUACCCAUGAAUAUUGGCAUGGGUAUGGGAGGAGGAAUGCUGUUUGGAUCUGCAGCCACACCAUCCAGUCCUCAAAUGACUCCAUGGAAUCAAGCUGGAACUCCCAUGUAUGGAAGUGUAUGGUCACCCCACAUGGACAGUGGUAUGACUCCAGCUGGAAUUGCAUUUUCUCCAUCUGCAUCUAGUGAUGCCAGUGGCCUUUCACCGGCUUAUUCAUGGAGCCCAACUCCUGGUUCACCUGGCUCCCCAGGUCCUUCAAUGAGUCCUUAUAUUCCGGCCAGUCCUGGUGGGGCUAGGUCUCCCAGUUAUUUUCCAUCAAGCCCUGCAUAUGCUCCUACCUCCCCAAGCAUGGCAGCUUCACCCAACUACAGCCCAACUUCACCAUAUUACUCCCCACCAAGCCUAAGCUAUAGUCUAACCAGCUACAGCCCUACAAGUCCCAGCUGCACUCCUACCAGUCCCUUAUAUUCUCCAACCAGCCCACCUUACUGUCAUACAAGUCCUUCAUAUUCUCCAACUAGCCCCUCCUAUUCUCCAACCAGCCCCUCCUUUUCUCCAACCAGCCCCUCCUAUUCUCCAACCAGCCCCUCCCCCUCCUAUUCUCCAACCAGCCCCUCCUAUUCUCAUUUGGAAGAGGGGGAGGCAAUGUGAGCUACCCACUAAUAAUUAAAACAAGCAUAUGAAAGGAAA